AAAACCUCACAUCCACACUACGCUCACUCUCUCUCCGACCACUGUUGAUAAACUCAAUACUUAAAUUUUGCAAUUCUCCUUCGAUACCACAUCCAUCACCACCUCUCUCACCUCUCUGCCGGCCGCCACCGCCGGUAUUCACCGGAAUCAAUCACAAUCAAUGGAGCUUAACACCUUCCAUCGCUCUUCUUCUUCCCUCUUAUUCCUCCUCUCAGUGGUGGUUAUUUUCCCGGCGACGGUGAUUUCAAUCGGCGUCAACUACGGUCAAAUCGGAGAUAACCUCCCGUCACCGGAACAAGUAGUCCCAUUAGUGAAAUCAAUCGGAGCAACAAAAGUAAAGCUCUACGACGCAAACCCACAGAUCCUAAAAGCCUUUUCCGGCACCGGCGUAGAGUUCAUCGUCGGUCUCGGGAACGAGUACCUCUCCAAAAUGCGAGACCCAUCAAAAGCCCUAACGUGGAUCAAACAAAACGUGACUCCAUUUUUACCGGCGACUAACAUCACCUGCAUCACAAUCGGAAACGAAAUCCUCGCUCUCAACGACUCUUCCCUCGCCGAUAACCUCCUCCCGGCAAUGCAAGGAGUCCACUCCGCUUUAAUCACCGCCGGUCUCUCCGAUCAAAUCGCCGUCACCACCGCACACUCUCUCUCCAUCCUCCAAACCUCUUUCCCACCUUCCGCCGGCGAAUUUCACCCAGAUCUCAUCGAUACGCUCAAACCAAUCCUCGAAUUUCACCGGAAAACAGACUCUCCGUUCUUAAUCAACGCUUACCCUUUCUUCGCCUACAAAGGAAACCCUAAAGAGAUCCCUCUCGAUUUCGUCCUCUUCCAGCCGAAUCAAGGAAUCGUAGAUCCGGCCACCGGAUUCCGCUACGAGAACAUGCUGUUCUCGCAGAUCGACGCCGUGUACUCUGCUUUAGCGGCGGCGGGGUAUAAAUCUCUCAAGGUUCAGAUAUCGGAGACGGGGUGGCCGUCGAAAGGAGACGACGACGAGUUCGGAGCCACGCCGGAGAACGCGAAGAGGUAUAACGGAAACCUGAUUAAGAUGAUGAUGGGUAAAAAGACGAAAACACCCUUGCGACCGAACAACGAUCUUAUCGUCUAUGUUUUUGCUCUCUUCAACGAGAACAUGAAGCCUGGCCCGACGUCGGAGAGGAAUUACGGGCUGUUUAAACCUGACGGGACUCAGGCUUACUCGCUUGGGUUUACUCUAAACGACGUCGUUAAAGGGUCUAGCGGCGGAGACGACGGUGGUAAUAGUAGUAGUGGAGGAGGAGGAGGAGGAGGAGGAGGAGGAGGAGGAGGAGGAGGAGGAGGUGGGAAAAUGCCGGUUUCGCCGGUUAUGCCUGUGGCGCCGGAUAGUGCGUCGACCGGUUAUUUGGCAAUUUCGUCGGCUCCGGGGAAAAGAAAAGGGACUGUAGCAAUAUUGUUAAUGAUGGUGAGCAUGUUACUUGGCGAGAGACGCUUCCUUUGAUUACACGAAACAGAGUUAACUGUUUUGCAUUCUUCCGAAUUCCAGAUUACCAUUGGAGAGCUUAUCACGGGCAUUUUUUUUUGGUUUAUAGUAUUUAUGUUAGAAAUUCAUUUUGCACCUUAUGUAGUAUGAGGAUCACACUCAAUUCACUUUUAUAUUCCAUUCAAUAAUACUCUUCUUAUAUUCGUGAGGAUCACAUUCAGUUUAAUUUGUUUUCUUCUAUGUUGUCC